AUGGAAGGCACACAGGCGUAUGGUCCCGUCUUGGUCUUCCUGCAGCAGCACAGCACCUACCACUCUGUCAGAGGUAUCCAUUUCUAUAAUCAAAGGCCUGUGGGGGUCUGCAUGAGCCAGGGGUUACUUCUGGAUAAACUUGGCAUUUGCCACUUACAUAAAACCCUUCGAAUUAUCAUGGACGGAGCACCACCUAAGAAGAACUCAAUGCUAAUCAUCAAAGAUCUGGUUUUUGAUGAGGUGCCAGUGAGAGUGUACUGUCUCAAUAAAUCACUUUCUGAGAACAGGAGAGGAAUUAUCUAUCUGCAUGGAGGUAUUGGAGUACUCGGAAGCAUCCAAUCAAGUGAACUAUUCAGCCGCUGCCUUGCCUUAGAAAGUGACUCAGUGGUUGUGAGUGUUGGCUUCCGUUUAGCUCCUGAGCACGUGUUUCCAGUCGCGGUUCAAGACUGUUGUACUGCUGCAACCCACUUUUUGAAGAAUGCAAAGGAAUACGGUGUGGACCCCAGCCGCAUUGUUAUUGGGGGGGAUAGUAGUGGGGGCACAUUUGCAGCUUCCGUUUGUCAAAUCUUGGCAGCAAGAAAGGAUCUACCAAGAGUGCGAGCUCAGUUCCUGAUCUACCCGCUCCUCCAAGCAAUGGACUUCAACUUGCCUUCCCAUCAGCAAAACCGUUCAGUUAUCUUGUUUUUCAACAAAUGGGCUGUCCGGUUUGGUAUCCAAUAUCUCACAGGCAAGAUGCCCAAAGAUGUGGAUGGGAUACUGAAGGGCUCCCAUGUCCCUGAUGACACAUGGGAGAAGUACCAAAAAUGGAUUUCUGCUGAUAACAUCCCAGAAGAAUUUAAAAUUAGGGGCUAUAGGCCGAUAGAACGUGCUCCGUUCUCAGAAAAUUUUUAUGAAUUAUUCAGAUCAGGUUGUAAUGCAAUGUUCUGCCCACUUUUAGCAGAAGAUUGUGUUCUCCAAAAGCUCCCCGAGACAUUAAUUUUAACCUGUGAAUAUUGUUCUGUCCGAGAUGAUGGGUUGUUGUACAAGAAACGUCUGGAGGACAAUGGUGUGCAGGUGACAUGGCAUCAUAUUGCGGAUGGAUUUCAUGGAGUUCUUUUGCUAAUUGGUCAUGGGCCAUUGGAAUUUCAGAGUUCAAGGGCAUCCUUUCAACAUUUAAUCAAUUUCUUAGAACGGUUAUAA